GCAGAUCUGAACUUGGACUAGAAAUGCUCAAUCAGCAUCUUGAGUCUUGUGGAAAUUUGUCUGAUGCAUCCCCUCGAUGUGGUGAAAACCAGGUUCCAAAUUCAAAGAGGGCAAGGUGAUCCCACCAGUUACAGGAGUCUGGGCCACUGCUUUAAAACAAUGUUUCGUCAGGAAGGAAUUCUUGGCUUUUACAAAGGAAUCUUACCGCCCAUCCUGGCUGAGACACCAAAAAGGGCUGUGAAGUUUCUAACUUUUGAACAAUACAAGAAGAUAUUAAGUUAUGCCUCAUUGCCUUCUGGUGUGAUUUUUACAGUUGCUGGACUUGGAUCUGGACUCACUGAAGGUGUUGUUGUCAACCCUUUUGAAGUGGUCAAGGUGAGCUUACAAGCUCAACGGAAUUCUUUUUCAGAGCAACCAUCCACAUUUGCUUAUGCACGUGAAAUAAUUCGAUCUCAGGGUUUUGGACUCAGGGGCCUGAACAAGGGACUGACAGCAACAUUGGGUCGUCAUGGUGUUUUUAACAUGAUCUAUUUUGGAUUUUACUUCAAUGUGAAAAGUAUUAUUCCUGUAAAUGAGGACCCAGCAAUGGAGUUCUUGAGGAAAUUUGGAAUAGGAUUAUUGGCAGGAACGAUUGCUUCUUGUGUUAACAUACCUUUCGAUGUCACAAAGAGCAGAAUCCAAGGACCACAGCCUAAACCAGGAGUGAUAAAAUACAAAACCUGUAUUAACACCAUCAGAACUAUGUAUAGGGAGGAAGGAUUCUUCGCAUUGUACAAAGGCUUGCUGCCUAAGAUCAUGCGCCUAGGACCAGGAGGUGCAGUUAUGCUCUUGGUUUAUGAAUAUUCAUUUGCGUGGCUUCAGGAAAACUUCUGAUUCAAACAGAACAGGAUAUUGCUGAAACAUUUGUAUUUUCUUAUGAAACAUCAUGUUACAGCCCUCAACAAAUUUUAGUAAACAUGCAGAAAAUGAUUUUUAAAGGACAUUCAUCAGAAUCCGUAUUCAAAGCAAACAAUAUUAUAUCAUUGAAAAGUACUUUUUCAUGUCAAUAAAUUAAUCUAACAUGA